AUGAAGUGCAUAUGUCGUGCAUCAUCUAGCACGCCAGUAGCGCAUUUCCAGCGCGCUGCUCAGCAUUUUGAGAUUUCCUUCCAGCCUGUCGCGCCGUCUCGCGCCGUCUCGCCAGCGCCAGCGCCAGCACCAGCACCACGGCCCGCUGCAGCCGCCGGCGGCCCUUCGAGUCCCGGCCGCCGCACCCGGAGAGGAUUCUCGGACGGCAAGUGUUACCCGCCCAGAUUGCUGUCCGGGCUUCCCCGGCUUCCGCCGGCUUCUGCCCGCUCAGAGUUACCCGCCCUGAGCUUCUUAUUACCCGCCCUGCGCUUCGUGUUACCCGCCCUGCCCGGCGUUUCCCGUUCUAGCCCCUCGUCGCCGCCACGCGGCGCCGCAGGGAACGAGAACUGCUCGUACGCCCGCCACGAAGCCGCCUCCACGGAUGGUCCACGAGACCCCCGCCCCCGUCUUCGUGGCAUCCGCUGCGGCUUUAGUGCGGCCCGGACGCCGCUACGUGCAACGAGACCGGCUUGGCUUCUGUUCGGCCCCUCACGUCUCGGAACUUUCUUCGAAGAGAAUCCGAGCCCCACCUUUCCUCGAGCAUUGCCCCUCAGCUCUCCCAGAAACCCCCGCAGCUCCCAAAAACGUGCGGCUGUAACGUUGAAAAACGUUGGCACAGGUUACCCGAAGGCAAAAGAACGCCCCGCUCGUGAGAGCUGCAGCGGCGUAUCUGACGUACAUUGCAAUUACUAA